AUGUCUCACUACUAUCCUAGUUAUUGGGCUCGGGCCAGCCCAGCCCAGGCUCCGGAGGGCUCGUGGAUGAACGACUUCCAAAAUCACCCCCGGAUCUUUUUCCAGCGCCUGGAUGCCUUGGAACGACAGAUAAACCGGCUUAGCUUAGAAAGAGCAACAAGGACUGCUAUAUACCCCAGGACGAUGAGCACCUCUACGAAUGCGGAAUCCACUUCAGGAUAUAACAAUUACUCCAGCGACCACAAGUCCGCCUGUUCGGUGGAAAUGCGCGUUCUUCGGGCACAGUUAUCUGAGAAAGAAUAUCAAAUCCAUGUUCUGAAAACAGCCGUGAAGGGGAUCAACACGACGUUGGCCAGUCUGGUGGAUGCAGUGGACCGGCUCACGUGGAAGACGGAUGAGCCAGCAUCUAAGCUGUCCGCGAAGGAAGAUGAAGAGAAACCGCCAAUUGCAAGUACUUUGGAAGGGGAUGGGAAUUCCAACUCUCCACAGCCUUCAGCUGAAGACGACGAGUGGUCGAUAACUUCCCUCUCUGCAACGUCGAAAGAGAAGGAAGAAGAGACGAAGGUGGGGGAGGACGUGGAUAACAUGUCUACCAGCUGCGCAGGAUGGGGUUAG